AUGACCGAAUCCAAUCGCGGCACUCCACAGCGCCUCUAUCGCUUCAGCCUCUACGUCAAGAAGCGCGACGACAUGACUGAUGAGGAGUUUGGAAAGCAUUGGAGCACGAGUCACCCGCCACUCGUGCAGGAGUGGAUGGUCAAGUAUGGGAUCGUGAAGUACGUCCAGUACCACACGCCGUCAUUCAUAAAGGACGAAACAGUUGAGACCUGGGAAGAGCUCAAGGACCUGGAGAUGCAGCAGUGGGAUGGCGUCGUUGAGAUCACGGUGCGGCGCAUCAAGGACUUUGUCAAUGCGAGGAAGGAUAAGUACUAUCUUGGGACGGUGAUUCCGGACGAGGA